CUUGACAGUUCAUCUGCUCAUUAGUAGAGUAGAGACUUUACCGCAAUUAAAUUACAGACAUUAAACACAGACGGAGAAACAAGUCAGCGAGUGCGUUGGUUUUUCUAGAGGCUGAUCUCUUAAUGUCUUAUUUCAAUCAUGACAUUAAGCUUUUCGUCCUUUUCCAUCCAACACAUUCUCACAACAGGAGGUGAUACCCGAGAGAGACACGACACGGAGGACAGGGAUCCGGAGGAGUUGUGCGCUCCAAAGAGAAACUGCACUGGUCAUGUAGAGGCUGGAGGAAGAGGAGGACAAGAGGAAGACACAGGAGGCCAUGACGCAUCUGUGGAAGGUGUGGAGGAGACUGUCAUCUGUCCGGACAGUCACAGUCCGGAUCUGAGUGUGUCUGUGGGAAGUGUCCACUCUGAGGCCACGGGAGGAGACAGUAAGCACAGAAAAGGCGGUGCAGACCUCCACUCACACCGUUUGGAGUUGGAUCCUGCCGAUGACACACGACGCACGGACCCGGUCAGCGCAUCCGACGAGCAGCAGCCCAGGCCCGGCAUCAAGAAGCGCUCCAGGGCGGCGUUUUCCCACGCGCAGGUGUACGAGCUGGAGCGCCGCUUCAGUACGCAGAGGUACCUUUCAGGACCGGAACGGGCAGACCUGGCAGGUGCCCUGAAACUGACUGAGACUCAGGUGAAAAUCUGGUUCCAGAACCGGCGGUAUAAAACCAAACGGCGCCAGAUGGUGGCCGAGCUGGCGGCCUGCAACUCACCGAGGAAAGUAGCAGUGAAAGUGUUGGUGAGGGACACUCAGAAGCAGUUUCUGCAGGCGAAUGAAGUCCACAUCCCCAUGACUGUACCACUGUACCAUGCGUACCAGUACUACCAGUACCUGCACUGCUGCUGCCAGCCCUGGACCUUACACAACUGCUAUGGAGGGAAGCUCUGAAUAGGUUCUACAAGGGUCCAAAUCUGAAUACUUUUUUUUUUUUUUUACAGAAAAGCUUAUGAUUUCCUUUAUAUGCUCAAAGUUUUUUUUUUUUUUAUUCUUCUUGAAAAAUGAAAAUGGUUUUUGAGCUUUAACCCUUUCAUGCAUGAAU